CAAAACCUUUAGUCAGCUACAGCAACGAUCUUUUCACACACUCAGCAUCACCAUCAGCAGCUGGGGUGUGAGAACUUCAGUGGUUAGAGUGUCAUGAUAACCUGUUUGAUCCCAGGAGUCUGACACUAAUUCCAUGCAGUUCUCUCUUACUGUUUCCACUUACUUGACGUUGACAAACCCUGCUCUUACCAUGAAUGUCUUCUCCUCCCUCACCUCCCCCUCAUCCUGCCCCCACUUGUACCACUUACUCAGUUACCCCAGCAAUGCCACCAACUCAAAUGGAACCACAGCCAACACAGUGUCUGGGAUUAGCCCUGUGAUCCUGCGGCAUUACAACUAUACCGGCCGCCUGCAAAACAGGACUGUGUCUAACACUCAGAACCACAUCAUUACCUCCAUGGCGGUCUUCUUGUUCUUCAGUGUUUUCAUCAUCCUGGAAAACCUGCUGGUGCUGGUGGCUGUCAUCUCCCGUAUCCGCCACAACCGCCGCUGGGUUUACGUUUGCAUUGCCAACAUUACGCUCAGUGACCUCCUGACCGGUGCGGCCUACCUGGUGAACAUCUGCAUGUCUGGGAGCCAAACAUUUCGCCUCACCCCUGCACUGUGGCUCUUCAGGGAGGGCAUGCUAUUUGUGGCUCUUGCAGCGUCUAUAUUCAGUCUGCUGCUGAUUGCUGUGGAGCGUUACACCACAAUGAUGAAGCCGCUGCCACAGAAGUCAACAGCAAAGACCUACUAUAGGAUCUAUGGCUUGGUGGCCCUCUGCUGGCUUUUGGCUUUUGUCAUAGGUUUCCUCCCAUUGCUGGGCUGGAAUUGUGUGUGCAGUCUGGACCAAUGCUCCACCCUCCUUCCUCUCUACUCCAAAACCUACAUCUUUUUCUCUCUCAUCAUCUUCUUCAUCAUCCUCUUGACUAUCGGUGUGCUCUAUGGUGCCAUCUACUGCCACGUACACAAGAGUGCACAGCUGGGCCCCCAGCGCAGUCGCAAGCGCUCUCUGGCUCUGCUGAAAACUGUCAUCACCAUUGUCGGGGUCUUCUUACUCUGCUGGGGGCCUCUGUUUCUGCUCUUACUGGUGGAUUUCUUUUGCACUUCCCGCCAGUGCUCUCCACUCCACAGUGCUGAUAUCUUCAUUGCCCUGGCAGUCCUAAACUCAGCUGUGAACCCCAUCAUCUAUGCCUAUGGCAGCAGCGAGAUGAGGAGGGCCAUGGCUGAGCUGCUGUGUUGCUGCUGCCUGAAGGUCGGCUUCUGCCACCCGGACACGUUCACUUCCAAGGACACCAGCAGCACCUCAGAGAGCAGGAGGGACAGUCUCAGGAACAGUUUUAGCAGGAUAAGGAAUAUUAGCUUGGCCUCGCCACCAUCCACACCUACUAAGACUCACAAAGCACAUAAAAAAUGCAGGCUGAGCUCCACUACCACCUGCCUGUCAGUUUCAAGUGGUUAGACCACAAUGUGGUCCCCUCCCAGGCAAACGGGUCCUGUGUGCACUGAUACACAUCUAACCGUUUCCUUUUGAGUUUUGGUUUAAAUGUUCAGUAUUAUGCCAUAAAGCUCUUGCACUGAUAGAUUAGUUAAAUAGGAAUGCAAUGAAAAGUCUGCAGCAGUUACUUGUUCCUUGUAAAUUUUUGAUUAGUUAUAUUUGUUUUUUAUUUCUUUUUUUUUUAUAAUUUUUUUUUUUUUUUUUUUUACAUGAUUAUACAUAAAUCUGUAUUUUCACAGCUGUGGAUAUUUUUAAUUACUAUUUCUAAUGGCUGAUUCUUUAGGCUACAGUCAUUGUUUAUACAUGGGUUGUCUGAUGUACUAAUACAAUAUGUGGAAACUGUUUCUCAAUUGCAUUGUAUAGUAAUGUUGUGUGUUGUAAUAACUGCUGAAACAAUAAAUAAAGGUUACAUAUCCAA